CUUGACCGCCAUCUUGUUCCGAGACUUCUGCUCGUCAAGUCGUGGCCGGAAAGUUGCAAAAAAAUCACGAUGUUUUCGGCACGUCUAACUUCUGCUCUUGUGAGGCAGCUUCCGAGGCAUAUACCGAAGGUAUGUCGUGGAGCACAGGCCACCACUUUUAUUUCAAACAGACAUAUUACAACAUCAAGGCCGUCAUGCCAAGGUUCUGCAGAGGUUUCAUCUGUUUUGGAAGAAAGAAUUCUUGGGGCUAGUACUAAAGCUGAUCUUGAAGAAACUGGCCGUGUCAUGUCCAUUGGAGAUGGUAUUGCUCGUGUAUAUGGUCUGAAAAAUUGUCAAGCAGAAGAAAUGGUAGAAUUUUCAAGUGGCAUUAAGGGUAUGGCUAUGAAUUUAGAACCUGACAGUGUUGGUAUUGUAGUGUUUGGUAAUGAUAAACUGAUCAAAGAAGGUGAUAUUGUAAAAAGGACGGGUGCCAUUGUUGAUGUUCCUGUUGGAGAAGAACUUCUGGGAAGAGUUGUUGAUGCCUUAGGAAAUGCCAUCGAUGGAAAGGGAGCUAUCAAAAGUCCAGAGAGACGUCGAGUAGGUUUGAAGGCUCCAGGAAUCAUUCCCCGUAUAUCUGUAAAAGAACCUAUGUUGACGGGAAUCAAAGCUGUGGACAGUCUUGUGCCAAUUGGUAGAGGUCAGCGAGAGUUGAUCAUUGGUGACAGGCAGACUGGUAAAACCGCUGUUGCCAUUGAUGCUAUUAUCAACCAGAAGAAGUUCAAUGAAGGUUCAAACGAAAAGCAGAAAUUAUACUGUAUUUACUGUGCCAUUGGUCAAAAGAGAAGUACAGUAGCUCAGAUUGUUCACAGGCUUACUCAAGAAGAUGCUAUGAAAUACACCAUUGUUGUGAGUGCCACCGCAUCUGAUGCUGCACCCUUACAGUAUCUUUCACCAUACUCUGCUUGUGCCAUGGGUGAAUACUUCAGGGAUAAUGGUAAACACGGCCUCAUCGUCUAUGAUGAUUUGUCUAAACAGGCUGUUGCUUACCGUCAGAUGUCACUGUUACUGCGUCGUCCCCCUGGUCGUGAGGCCUACCCUGGUGAUGUCUUCUACCUUCAUUCAAGAUUACUGGAACGUGCUGCUAAAAUGAGUGAUGCCUUUGGAGGUGGUUCAUUGACUGCUUUACCCAUUAUUGAAACUCAGGCUGGUGAUGUGUCUGCAUAUAUUCCAACAAAUGUAAUCUCUAUCACAGAUGGACAGAUAUUCUUGGAGAAUGAAUUGUUCUACAAGGGUAUUCGCCCUGCCAUCAAUGUAGGUCUGUCUGUAAGUCGUGUAGGAGCUGCUGCCCAAACAAAAGCCAUGAAACAGGUGGCAGGUUCCAUGAAGUUAGAGUUGGCACAGUAUCGUGAAGUAGCUGCCUUUGCUCAGUUUGGUUCUGAUCUGGAUGCUUCCACACAAGCUCUUCUGAAUAGAGGUGUUCGUCUGACAGAGCUCCUCAAACAAGGACAAUAUGUUCCCAUGGAUAUUGCUGAGCAAGUAUGCGUCAUCUAUGCUGGUGUCAGAGGUCAUCUAGACAAAGUCGACCCAACUUUGAUCACACGCUUUGAGCAGGAAUUUCUCAAACACAUUCGUAGUAGUCACUCAGACCUUGUUGGUGUUAUCCGGGCUGAACAACACAUUUCAGAGUCUACGGAUAAGAAACUUAAAGAAAUUGUAAUUUCAUUUUUGCAAAGUUUUGAAUGAAUGAAAAUUUGAAUCAGGUAUUUGUCCCCUUAAGAUUUUGUGUGUUAUGAAUUCUGGAACAAUGGAAUCCCCAUAUGCAAGUGAUUGCAAAUAUUAUUGUCACAACAUAUGGAAGUGUGUAUAGUCUCUGAAGUUUCACAGGAGUAACAUUAAAAAGUUGCCGUUA